UAUGGGGUACGCUGCAUCGCAGCUGUCAACGUGAGUCCUCCACACGUUCUAAAGCCGGAAAAUAUUGAUUUUCUGCACGAAAUUCUUCUACAAAAUCCGUGAAAACUUUAUCUAUUUUAUCAGUAUUCGUGAUAGCUUUUUGUUGUGAAAUUUUCAGCCAGGAGAACAAUGUCAAAAUCUGAAGAACGAGACUAUUCUGAAUCAAGUGACGAUGAAGACUACAAGCCUGAGAAUGAGGAAAAUUGUGCUGGAAGUGAGGAUGAUUCAGAUGUACCAGAAGAUGGGAGUGAUAGUUCAGAUGAUGAGAAAUCUAAACGCAGAAGCUCGGGAAAAAAGCCACGAAAGAAGAGAAGAAAGAAGGCAUCAGUUAAAGAGGAUUCUGAUGGUGAUGAGAAUGAAAAUUCCCUGACGGCUGAGGAAGAGAAACGGCGUUCUGAUCAGCUAUGGGCAGACUUCCUGAGUGAUGUAGAUCCACCACCAGCAAAAGUAGAAAACACUAGGACAUCUCCAACUCCCAAAAUAUCCAAACCCGAAAGUCCUGAAGAAUCCAAGACAACGGAGGAGCAGCAGAAGGAGCAAAAGUUACCAAUUGUGGAAGAAAUUUUUAAUUUUGCCGGGGAGGAAGUUAAGGUUCCAGUGAAAAACGCCCAAAAGCCGGCAAAACGACCAGUAUUUCCAGCCGUUGGUCGUUCCAGUGGAGUUUCCUCCAUUCUUGGAAGCCUUGGGAAAAAGCCCAAGAUAAGCACUCUGGAAAAGACUAAACUCGAUUGGAAUCGCUUCAAGGAAUCCGAAGGAAUCAACGAGGAACUCGAGAGGUUCAACAAGGGCAAAGAUGGCUACUUGGAGCGUCAAGACUUCCUGGAACGUACGGACUAUCGCCAAUUUGACUUAGAGCGAGACAUGAGACAGAAGAAACGUAGCUCGAGAUAAAGUCCACAAAAGCUGAUGACGAAUACCCCACGCGCCCUAUCACCUAUCAAAGUUUUAAGAUCACCUGUACUUAGCCAGCUGAGGAUUGGGAAAUCCACGAGAAAAAAAAACACAGGAUGAGAAAUACUCAAUAAAGACGUCUAAUAUCACGUGAUAACCAUUUCCAUCGUCAUUUGCCUCCCGAAACACCUUAAAUAUUGAUUCAAGUGUAUCCAAAAUUAAUGAGUAGCUUUUAUUAAUUAAUGAGAAGCUCCAAAGUAAUCAGCAAAAUAUUUUCUAUUAGGAAGGACGCAGGAAAACAGCAUCUUUCGCUUCCACUUUUAUGACGAAAUAAAAAUCACUGAAUAAAGUACGAAGUAUGAAAAAUGAGUAAAUAACAA